GAUGAAUGGCGGUUUCCCCUUUCGGAGAGGGUGAUGGAUCUCUCGGAGGGUCGACUUUAAGUCUCAGCUCAAAGUAUCCUCCCCUCUACAGACCUCCACUUCUCGAGAAGCGUUCAGGGUUGAGCAGCCAUACUCAUACUCGUCACUUCUUCCCAUUCAGCAUACAACAUCGAUCAGCACGAUCUCACAGUUUUGCGAUCGCACAGCCUCUCGGUUCGGUAUCAGGUGUACCUUUGUUUGCUAAACCCGCUCGAAAGAAGCUAUCGACGACAUGUCCCUCGAUCCCUUUGAAGCCCGACUCCAAUUCCUCGGCCUCCUACGCAAACUCAGCGCUUCGCAACAGUCCAUCCAGACCGUCGUCUCUUACGCUCUCAAGUAUGGCAGGAAGUGUGGAGAAGAUCUCUGGGACUGUAUAGUGGAAGAAUGCGGCAAGGGCUCAUUGAACACGAGGAUCAACAUCCUCUACUUCCUAGAUACCCUCUGCGAUCCCCAGACCACAUCCACGUUGAUCCCCUCUGCUUCGUCCUCCUCGACGACGGAUUUCCCUUAUACGGCCCUAUUGAACCGGGACGUGGAGAAGCUCGUCGGUCUGGUCGUACCGGAUAACAAGGAGGGGAUAUUGAACCUCUUGAGUACCAAGCAGAUCGUCGAGUCGUUCAGGAAUAAACGCACGAUCCCGGUAGAAGUCUGCGAUGAGCUGGUGGAAAAGCUCGAACGACGUCGGACAGCCGUCCCACUGGCAACAGAUCCUACCAAUUCUGCCACUACCUCGACCUCAACUUCUUCCUCCACACCCAACUCCAAGAAACGUCCCCACCCGUCCUCGUUGACCAACUUUUCCCGUAACGACACCCUUCGCCGGAUGGAAGAAGAUCGCGAGCGGCAUAAACGGCUGAGGGAGGGGAUGUGGGUGUUGCCCAUCCCAGGGGUCGGGUCGGUCUUGCCCAUCAACACGAAUGGGGUAGAUAGGCCGGUUGCGGGUGGGGUGAGCAAGUUACGAGCAGGUGCAGGGUUGGGCCAGACGAUAGGAUCAAAUUCCAACGCCAGUGUCAACAACGGGACAGCCUUACCCGGCGGCUCGGCAUUCUCAUCGCUGAACACCUCCCCGGCUUCACCAUCGGAUAAUGCCAGUACGAACACAAAUCCGAACAAGGGGAGAUCGGAUGCCCAGCAGCAACAACAGCAACCACAAGCACUGGCGGAACACGUCCUGGUCGAUCCGGUCGAUGUCGAAUUCGAGCAGUUGUGGGAGACGAUGAGUGACUUUGACGAUGAGGAUAGGGAGGAUAUCAUGCAGGAGAAUCGGAUAUUUGCGCGGACACGGGGCAGGGAAUUGCAAGGGCAGCACCGAGGGUAUAAUUCGAUGGAUGUUGAUGUUCCCGUGCAUCUUGUAGCAUGAUAGCACCGGUUAGCAAUUAGCAAACGAGGGUAGCGUCUUACAACGAUAUUAUUAUUGUUGCAUCCUGCUCAAGGGUCGUACUCUCCGCCGAGAUGACGUGUCAUUUCCCUGCUCGAAUUGUUUGAUUAGCCAG